GGCAUUGUCAUAAUAAAUAUUGAAUCUUGAGUCUCUAUUCAUUUCAUUUCGGUCCGAAAAAUAAUCACUGGUUUCUCGAACAGCGGGUCGUUUUCCGUUCCCGCCUAGUUACAUUUUUCACUCACUCUCGCCAUGGGAAAUUCUUCCAAAGAUGCUGACUCGGCCAACUCCGGCGACGGUCCUUCCGGCGACGUUCCUUCCUCCGAUUCCAGAGUCUACUCCGCCGGCGAAAAAGUCCUCGCUUAUCACGGUCCUCGCAUCUACGAAGCAAAGGUGCAAAAGGCUGAGAUCAGAAAGAAUGAAUGGAGAUACUUUGUUCACUACCUUGGCUGGAAUAAGAAUUGGGAUGAAUGGGUAGGUGAGAGCCGUUUGAUGAAACAUAAUGACGAGAAUGUCGUGAAGCAGCGGGCCCUAGACAAAAAGCAAGGUGUAGACAAGAAUGUUAAAUCUGGACGUUCAGCUCAAGUAAAGGCCAAGAGUUCUGCAGAUGCCAAAGUGGAGAAAGAAGACAUCAAGAAUAUUGCGUCAAAAGGAAAAAAACGAAAGAUUGAUUCAGGAGUUGAGAAGGGCAGCGGGAAUGAUGAAAAGCUUUUCAAGAUUCAAAUUCCUGCACCGUUAAAGAAACAACUUGUUGAUGACUGGGACUUUGUUAAUCAGCAAGAUAAGCUUGUAAAACUUCCUCGUUCACCAACUGUUGAUGAAAUUCUGACAAAGUACCUUGAAUACAAGUCAAAGAAAGACAGUGUAGAGGCUGAUUCAACAGGGGAAAUUUUAAAAGGAAUAAGGCUUUAUUUUGAUAAAGCAUUGCCUAUGAUGCUCGUGUAUAAAAAAGAACGCAAGCAAUGUAAUGAAGCAGUUGUGGACAAUGUAUCUCCUUCAACCAUAUAUGGGGCUGAACAUUUAUUACGCCUCUUUGUUAAGCUACCUGAGCUUUUGUCAUAUGUGAACAUUGAAGAGGAAACGUUAAGUCGCUUGCAGCAGAAACUACUUGACUUUCUCAGGUUUUUGCAGAAAAAUCAAAGCACUUUUUUUCUCUCAGCAUAUGAAGGAACAAAAGUCUCUGGAGGAAAAGGCAAGGGGAAGGAUGAAUGAGAGAGACUGUUGAUUCCUAGUCAUCCUCAUCUGUUGUAUUCUUAAUGUCUGUCAUAUAUCUUUCCCAUGAAUAAUUCACCACAGGAACCCUGUUGUUGUAAUAAUAAUAUUGACUAGUUCAUUCUUUAAUUUUUCUAGUUUACAUAAUAUUUGCAAAUCUAAACAUUUGAUGUGUGGGAUGAGCAAUAUUAACUGAAUAGUGGGGGAACAAAUUUUCCCACCACUACAUUUUCGAAAGAACUACAAAUGACUUGAAAGCGUACUUUUGGACAA